CUUUUUUGGGGGGCCAAUCACAAAGCUGAAGGUGUGGCAUACGCUGUUCAUGAACAAAAUGGACUUUGUUCGUGGUGCAACUUGGUACGCUGUAUGUAUGCACAGUUGACUGCAGAAUUUAUCGUAGAUACUGCUACACGUACCAUUAUGUGUUGUGGCACAAAAUGCGCAUUGGUCAUGUUGGCACCGGUAGGCUAGGAAUAUACCCUUUCUGGACUCGCAAACUAAAGGCGUCUAGACUAUCAUCAUGUGAUCUGCUGAUAGAUGUCAUGUAGCCACUGUCAUCCAUCUUUGACAGUAGAUGUGCAGUCAUGAAUUCCAAGAUGUCCUGUACGACGUUGCCACGUCAAAGGCCACGGAUUACCUUCAUGGCAAUCAAUGCUGUGGGCAAGAAAUUAAAUCCUCGGUCUUCUUCGGAUUGGAGGCUUUUUGCUGCUUAUCUGGAUCCACAAAAAUUCACUGCUGAAUGGAUUGAUCACACAAAGUUUGAGUGUCUGCAACCAGACUUCUCACCAACCAAUAAAGUUCUGAAGGAAUGGCAGCAAGGACUGAGCGUAGAUCAAGACGUGCCUGUACACGUGCUAAUCAACACGUUGCAAGACUUGGAACCUUCGCGAAAAGACGUCGCGACUUUAAUCAGUGUAAUGAUGUCAGAGGGCACUUUCCUUGAUCCGGUAGCUCCAACAGACAGCCACAGAUGUCAUAGUGUCUCAUCCAGUCAGCAUUAUGAACAUGGUCCAGGUCCAUCUUGCUAUGAAAGGGACAAGGCGCACAGCCAAUCCAAAGGCCAUCCCUCCCCAGGGGAAUCAUCCUUUCACGGCUGGCAAGAUCAGAUGAGCGCCUCCGACAAUGGAAUCCCGCGUCUGCCACCGAGUCACAUUCCAGACACUACCAUGCAUUCUCAGUCUGUGUUCCAUCAGAGCAUCCCAAAUGGCACCCCAGGACCCCAAUCUGGACAAGAGCCACAGAACUUUAAUAGGAGUAAGUUGUCUCUAAACACGGAUGGAUCCGGUAGUUGCAAUGGGCUUCAGUCGGAUCCAAAUCCUCACUGGCUUCGACAGAAGAACAGGGAUCAUGACAGUGCCUUUUCAACUUGGCCACUACCUGGACACAGCAAAGUGUGGCGCCCCCGCCCUUUCAUGAAUGAUGGCACGCAGAUGAUGAUUUUUGACAUCGAGCAAUCUAAUCAAGAAGUGUGCCACGGAGAGCAAUUACACAGCCACAUUUCACCACUCAAUUCUCUCUCAGUGAAUUCAACCUCAGCAGGUGCAUCUCCUGUUCCAGUUCUGGACCCAAACCAAAAGAAGUGUUGGUUCAUUACCUACCCCUACAAAUCCUACAAAAAGGCAUUUGAUUUGGGCAUUGCGUUGAAGGAGCAAGGGCAAGAUGUCAUUGUAGACGAAAAGAUGGACUCUGCUUCCGAUGAACAGGAUGAACAAAGACAAGCCACUACGCGUAACCACUUCCAAAGGGCAACAUACAUCGUUGUCAUCUUCAACGAACACUAUAUUGAUGAGGUAUUUGGUCAAGUACAGUCAUCUUUAAACACAAGGUUCAUCUACCGCUUGAUGGAUCAAGAGUUCAGGCAGCGUGGGAAUAAUGCCCGUUUUGUUCCCAUCAUCGACCACAAGCGGAUCAGUAACAUCCCUCCGCUGUUCCAAAACACACCGCGUUACUCCCUGAACUUUGUCUUUAAGGCACUGCAGGAGUUCAACACUGCCAGGAUCAACCCCAGGAGGGGUAGAGAGGUCUCCAUAGAGAGAGUAGUGUAUACAAGUCACUGAUAUGACCGAUGAAUUAAACAUCUGGAUCAAUCUGUAUUAAGUAUCUGGCUGCAAUCAAAGCCACACGAACAGUAUGAGCUGUGGUUGUACAUGUUGUGCUCACAUGCCGUGGUACCUGGGUUCCCCCCCCCCACCCCCACAGGGAACAUGGUGCUUGUGUUGUUGGGCAAGACACUACAAUUGCCUCUCCACCCAGGAGUAUGAAUAUGUACCUGUGAAGGUAGAGACCAGAACGCGCUGAUCUCGAGCUGCUGCAAAAACUGGUCUCGUGGCCUAACGACCAGGGGUAAUAAUUGACCUAUCGCUGUUUUCGAGUUAGUCCUUAGACAACCCUACGGGAAUUUUGAACGUUAAAUUUUGUUUGCCUCAGAUUUUGCGCAUUCUGCGUUAAUUUGUAUCUCAUAUACGUAACUGGAUAAUAUUUCACAAGCUGCGUUGACGCAAUUCUAUCUUGAUACAUGUACAUGUAGGUCAAAUGGGAAGUGCUCUUUGAAACUUUUGGAUGAAGCGCUAUAUACAGAGUAUACCGUUAAGCAGCACAUGAUUGUCAACAGUAACCAACUCUUGACGCUCACAUAUCAACACUGCCCCUGGGGAAACGCAACAGAAAGACGGUUUAUAGCCCAAUAAUAGUGGUUUUGACAUGUUUGGGGUGAUGGGUACAAGUAUGUAUCUGUAUACAUGUAUAUUUUGUAAAAUCAGCAUAAACGCAUUAAAAAAAAACAGAUUGGGGAAAAAGAAAAAAGCAACUUAAUACUAGUUACUGUAUUUGUUAUUUUGAUUUUAAUCAGCUAUUUUACUAUUCAUUGGAAUGAUUUUGUUUGUAUAUUUUGGUACUUUCUGAGACCAAGCUAUAAAUAAAACCUCAUUGGUAACUAUUGGUUUGUAAUUUUUCCAUGUUUUAACCUGUAAAAAUAAUGUUGAUAUGUAUAAUUUUUUUUAAAUAAAUGAGCGAGCACAAUUUUUGAGUGUUACAUAUACAUAUAUAUGUACAUAUAUAUGUAAAUGUUUAUGAGACAGGUAAACAGAUCAAUUAUUAAGGAAUGUGAUUUUUUUCUAGUUACGGUCGCUGUUUCUGACAUGCCUCUUCACUUGUCCUUUGAAAAAAAUGAUUGAAUUUAUCCCUAAUUAUUCUGCGUGUUGUGGAAAAAUGGUAUCUAUUUGAUAUAUCAGAGAUUUAUAUUAGAUAUACACUGUACUACCCGCAUUUAGUGGACUUUUUCUUUGGAAGAUUUAUAUAAUAUUAGAUGUCUUUGAGGAAAUACAAGAAUAUAUUGCACAUGCGAUAGCGAGUGCAAUAUAUUUUUGUAUCCCAAGAAAACAAAAGCAUCUAAUAUUAUAAUUUACAUCAGGCUGACUUGAUCCGCUAAAAAUAACUUUCAGGACACCGUCUUUUUUUCUCAUAUUUUGUUUUUGUAAUUUUUUUUGCCGCUCGAAGCUGCCAUUGUGUUUAUGACAA